GAAGACAGUGUUUAAUGACGUGUGUUCAUUUGAUAUGUUUACAACCUAAAUUAUGAAUGGUCAUUUUAGCUCAAUUUGGAGAAUCUUUGGUGACUGACCAUAGUGGUGACGUAUGGCGGAUCAAACGUUACGGUUGGGUUCUUUUGGCUUUGUAAUCACCGAGUUGCCUGUCCUUCUAUCCGAGGUUAUCAGGGUGAUCAGAAUGCAAUGAAGAAUAGAUUCAGUCUUCAGAAGUUGAAAUGGCGUCGAAGGGGAUGAACGGCUCUCUGCCGAACUUCGUCGGCGACAACAAGAGACGAGACACCGCGGAUAGCAAGCGUCUGAUUGAGCUGAAGACGUUGUCGGCGAAGUCGAGUGGGUGUUUGGUCACGAAUGGUGAGCACGGUAGACGCGAUGAUGACGAUUCGUCAACGAUUACCAAGGCUUCUUCCCUUUCUCGAGAGAGAAGUACAUCGUUAUGGUAUGGCACUGGUAAUCAAAUGCAGUAUAUCGAACGCGUGGUGGCAGGUGUGAAGAUGGGGGACCAUGUUAAGAUGACAGAGUUGGUUAGUAAACUCGGUACGGAAGGGUUUGCAGCAGUCAUCAGAGAACAUGAUGUCAGGAAUAAUACUCCACUUCACUAUGCCGCCCUCAACGAUGACAUCCUGAUGACGAAACUUCUGCUGCAGUAUGGGGCAGAUGUUAACGCCGUUGGAGAAGGUGGAAAGCACCCUCUUCACUUUGCAGCAAUACGAAGGUUUAUCGACAGAGGAAGCCCGAGUCGGGGCAAUGAUAGCGGAGACGCUUCAUCUUUUACAAUGCCGACCGAAGCAUCAUAUUCUCAGCAUUCAGAUGAAAACGAAAAAUCUGAACAGGAAGAACAGCGACCCCGACAUUCGAUUUCCCUAAUGAACUUGAGUUUCUUGAAGAAGGACAAGAAGAAGGACAAGAAGAACAAGAAGAAAACAUUCUUUAAGUCUGAGCUUCCACUGCUAGUCGAUAGUGAUGAGGAAAAACCUUUCAUAGCCGGCAGUCUUCGGUCGCUGAGUCAAUCCUUGGACAUGCUGGAUGAACUCGAUGAGAGUCCGAACGACAAAAAACACGGGAACGAAGAGGGUGACGAGGUCGCUGCCGUCGACGAGAACGUUGUCGAUAUCUUACUCAAUGCAGGUGCAAACGCGAGCGCCAAAGACGCCAAGGGGAUGACGCCCCUUCAUCUUGCCUUCAUGCAGGCCAACAUGGAUGCUUUCAAACGCCUCCUUUCCGUACCGGAAAUUGACAUCAAUGCACAAGACAGACGAGGUGCGACGCCACUCUUCCACGCCUGCAAGUCAGGCAACACAGACGGGGCUUUGAUCCUGAUCAACAGAGGUGCAGAUAUUCUCAUUUCUGAUGUAAAUGGAGAUACGCCCCUUCACAUAGCAGUGAGGCAUUCAUACACAUUGAUCGUCACGGCAUUGAUAGAAAUAGCGGAGGGUAGAGGGGAAAUUAAUCAGGUGAUGCUUGAUGAGAAUUCCCGUGGGGUCAUUCCUCUUUACGAUGCAAUCAGAUGCGGACAUAGGGACCUAUUCAAAACCAUUCUCAGCAACGUUUCCACCCGGAUGCCUCGGACGAAUGGCCUGGACAUAGAGAAGCUGGUCAAUUUCGCCAGUCGAGACAACGACGACACUCUCCUUCACGUGGCCGCCGCAGCCGGGUACCAAGACAUCGUCGAAUGUCUAAUCAAUAACGGCGCCAUGGUCAACAGGGUCAAUUUCGACGGCCAAACACCGAUGCAUUUUGCCUGCGAAAAGAACCACGAGAGUAUUGCACUUUGCCUGGUUGAAAAUGGCGGUGAUGUAAACAUCGCAGACAGCGCUGGCCUGAACCCACUACAGGUGGCUGUGAACCAUAAAAGCUUUGAAACCUUGAUGACUCUAUUGCAGUCCAUCUCAGGUGCGUCCGGUGGUCAGUCUGAUGAAGCUACGGACAUACUUCAGUGGUCAGCAGCCAACAACAAAGCAGAUAUACUCAGAAAGAUUCUUGAUUAUGAAUUCCGUUUUCAUGAGAUGACUGAUAGGGGGAUAAUGGACUUCAUCAUGGGAGCAGUCAAGAGGAAGCACGGCGAAACUGUACACGUAUUGGUACGUUGGAACAGGGCUGUUGUGGACCAUCGUGAUGAGCUCGGAAAUACACCUCUUCAUUACGCCGCAGAGGGCGGGCAUCACGACAUCGCCAGGGAACUUAUUCUAGCAAAGGCCCAAGUCAAUGCCAAGAAUGGUGAAGAUCUAGGUGGUCUGGCACCUCUCCAUUACGUAGCUGCCCGUGGUUGGACAAGAACAGCUCAUGUUUUGCUCGACUCUCUGGCAAAUAUCGACCAGACGGACAACCAAUUGAUGACACCUCUCCACCAUGCUUGUAGAGACGGAAAUAUCAACAUGGUCGACCUGCUACUCAACGGCAAGGGAGCUGGAACUGUUACCAAACCAGCUGACGUCACAAUACAAGACGCCAAGGGACUGAAUUGCCUCGAUCACGCAAUCGACAACGACCACGAGACAAUCGCCAAGAUGAUCAUAACUCACGACAGAUGGCUGGAAGUGAUGUCAGUAUCGAGUCUGGAUGAAGAGACUAGGUACCACACAACGCCGAUGCGGAAGCUGAUUUGCUCGAUGCCAGAUGUUGCCAGGAUGAUACUGGACCGGUGCAUUACAGUCACAGGGGGGACCAGAAUUCGAGAUAAAGACGUCCAAAUAGAAUUUUACUAUGAACUUCUGGAAGACACGUUUUCACCGUGGAUGCGGUCGAUGGAUGACGAACCCCAUGCAAGUGGCGGGGUAUUAAAUGCCUUCUUGAAUCGAAUGUACAAGAGGGUAUCGGCUAGACUUCCAUCUGACAUCGAAGAACAGUAUGACGAAAAAGAUCAUUUACUCAAAUCCUCUACUCCUUUCAUUCGAAACGCAGUGGAAAGAAAUGAUAACCACCCUGUUCAGUUGAUGAUUUCUUCCACACGUGUUGAGCUUUUAGACCACCCACUCGUGACGACAUUCCUUGAGCACAAGUGGAAAUCGGUUGGUCGUUACAUCUUCUACGCGGGUUUCCUGAUAUACAUCACGUUUCUUGCAAUGCUGACCGGAUACAUCGUCGCCAUUCCACCCGAUUACUAUGUCCGAUCUGUCAACCAUUCUGUCGAUCCAGAUGCAAUUACAUGGUUUGGAAACGGGGAGCAGCUAUGGAUUGAAGAUGUUCCAGCUGCAGUCAUCUAUCUUUUUGAUGUCUUUGGCCCGACCUCAAUCAUGAUUUUGUCGAUCAUGAAUAUUCUGAGAGAGUUAGGGCAGAUGUUCGUUCAGAGGUUUUCAUAUUUCCGGGAUGGAGGAAAUAUCAUGGAGUUAUUUCUUUACAUAUUCGCCAUCAUAUUCUCAGUGCCUUUCAGUCAUAUCGACUAUGUUGCCAAUGGAAGAAUAAAAAAGCAUUGGCAGUGGCCGAUGGGUGCCGCAGCAGGUUUCCUGGGAUGGAUCAAUCUCCUCCUCUUUAUAAGGUGUAACUCCAAACUCGGGAUCUAUGUUAUCAUGUUCAUAGAUAUCUUCAAGACUUUUCUCCGAUUCAGUUUUAUCCUCUUUCUUUUCGUCAUGGCCUUCGGUAUCGCAUUCUACGCUCUUCUUCUGAAUCAGAAUCCAUUCCACUCCUUUUUCGAUUCCUUGGCCAAGACGUUCGUGAUGAUGAUCGGUGAGCUGGAUUAUGCUGAUAUAUUCUACGGCCAGGACUACCUAGGAACAUCGAACACCCUGGAAGGAGACGGAGAGGCAGCCUACUUUAUGAAUUCAAAUUUCUAUGGACGGCUCACUCAACUUUUCUUCAUGUUAUUUCUCAUCGUCAUGGCAAUUCUCAUGAUGAAUAUGAUGGUUGGUUUGGCCGUUGAUGACAUCCAGGCAAUCCAGGAAAAGGCAAAUCUUCAUAGUCUCACCAUGCAGGCUAGUAUGGCACUGGAGAAUCAGUCAAAGUUUCCUCUGUGGCUCUGGAGGAGAUGUGUAGCUCGAAGGAAGAGGUUUCUCUUGAACGAGGUCAAACUCAGGAAAUGGCUUCGACGGCUGACUGGCGGAAGAAAACAACUCAAGAGGGCGUUAUCGAUCAGUCAUGAUGCAGAGAAUCAUUUAAGCAUUGAGUCGCCACAAGAAGAGGCCUACGAGAAAAUCAAAGACCGAAUCAAGGACGUCAGUCUGAAGGUUGAACAAGCAACGGUUGAAAUGUUGGAAGAAGCCAAGAAAAGAGAUGCCCAGUUGGAACACCUGAGUGGUGAACAGAAAGUCCUUCAUGACCGGGCAGAUCAUCUACAGUCAACACAGGAACGCCUUGGUGAUAGCAUGGAAAUCAUGCAUAGAAAGAUGGAUGUGAUGAUCAAGAAACUAAAGAUUAAGCAAAAGAACGUCGAAGGCCUGUUUAGACCUUAAAGACGUAAAACAUAGUUAGAAUUUCAAUCAAUAGAAGGACGUUUUGGGAUUUUUGCGACUGAAUUAUUGAGUAACCUUCGAAACAUUGAAAUCUCCAUUGUUUUCUCUUUAAACGCACAAGAAGUUAUAUCUCUAUCUUGACUUACUUUUCCGUUUGUAGGAAACUAUACGUUACCAAUUUGAUCAGAGUGGAUCUGUUCCAAAAUUCUGCGCAGGUCAUAAUAAUUAUGCAUUUGCUAGCAAUGAGUGUCGGUAACAUCCUUCGUGUUAGUUUCUAAUGUCAUUUCCAGUCAAGUCUUAAUUAAAAACGUCCGAUUUUUUUUAUCCUAUCGAGAGAUGAAGUAAAUAGUGAUUAAUUGAUUAAUUGAUUUAUUUUUCUUCUGCAUUCAUGAUAUUUUGAUUUGAUUUGAUUUAAUGUUUUCUUCUGCAUCCAUAACAUUCGUAUAAUACAUUUUUCAUAACAUAAUAAACAUAAUAUGCUAGCAUUUUUGGCAUGAAUCAUAAAUAAAAAGUAUUAAAAAGAUAAUUUCAGACAAAAAUGAUUAACUAUAUGAUAUUCACAAUUUGCAGGAGAAGGAUUGUCAUCAUAAGCAGAUUGCUUGAAAAAAAUGACAAUGAAGCAUUAGUCAACGCAAAUUGUCAGGUUGUAUUUAACCAUCAGUGGUAACUUCCAUUGCUUUCUUAUUUGUAACUAAUGAUCCCGACCGAAAUAAUUACAUGCUUGCCUCAUAAGGAGAGACUUGAUGAGCUGCUACUUCUUAUACAUAUGUUCUUCAUGCACUCACGACACGCACAACCAGCUCAACCAACGCGGAGCAGCGAUAGAGUGCACGGCGCAUUGGUCUAUGCUGAUUGGACGCGCACCACGAAAGAGGUCAUUCAGCACAGACAUGUCAGGAGGAGUGUCCUGGUCAAAUCCUCUUUAAAAUUCUUUGUGCGCUGGGCCAUGAACCCCUUCUGUGCUAUAUCAUUUUCAGGGAGGGAAACAAUGCAUUUUUGCUUGAGCGUGAAAUUUAAAGUUCGCGCGGCACCGAUUGUGCAUUAGUGCGAAAUUCGCAUGGAAAUCGAUGGUUGCACCACAAACACUAGAGGGCGCACUAUCAGCGACUGGUAGGGUAGUCCUGACAGCGAUAUUAACUAGACAAACGCCACAAAUACCAGUCUUGCUGUUAAGAAAACAGAUGACAAAUAAAUCGAGUGCCUCAAAUCUGUGACCUCGGACAUAGUACUGCGCGUCGCUAACAGAAAUAAAGAUCCCUACACAACCUACUUGCAGGCCAUGCGAUUUUAAACAACUCAUCAGUAUGCUAGAUUCACACACCAGUCGUUACCAAUCACCUUUCCUCUUAGAAUAUUGCAACCUCCUGUGUCUUUUGGGCAACCACUGAAGCUACAUAGAAAAGUUUCCCGUUUGAUAAGCCUAUGUAUGUUACUCGAAAAGAUAUAAGUGUGCUAAUGCUAACCUGGCUAACGUCAAUUACGAAAAGUUUUUGUAUAUUUUAUUGAUAUGGAAUAUAAAGAUGUCAUCUUUUGAGGAAUAGUCGAAGGCCAUGAGAUAUAAUUGUUCUGUCACGAAAUCCUUGAGUUGAUAUUUGAUUUCUUAUUCACUCAUAAAGUAAUAAUGUGAUAUAGGGUGUUACAUUCACGAAAUGAGACAGAAAUAUGAUGGAAAAUUGCAGACAGAGAGGGGAGGAAAACGAGAGUAGAUGACAAAGAUAAAGGCAUAGUUCUAUACCCCUCCAAAUGGAUGGGGGCUUCGGGAGGAGCGACUUAGAUCACGAAAACACGGAUUAUCGGGGAGAGGCGAGUGAAUGUGACCCUAUUUUUUUGCACCGAUACACCAUGUACACCGCAAAACAAUACACGACACAAAAAGAUGAAGAGGUUUCUUGUCAAAGAGCCUCUAAUUACAACAGAAUUCAAAGUCCCUGACAUCUUAUACUGUUAUUUGAAACUGAUGGCAUAAGAUGGUAAAACGAUUUUAGAAACUAUUAGAUAUCAUCAUCCCAUGAGUCUUUCAUAGCCAACAUUUAUGGAAAAGAACGAGUUUAUUUUACAAUAUCUACGUUUUUUAAAAAAUCUUUUAUUGAAAGGAUUUUCAUAAUAUAUUUAUUUUAUUUGUCAAAGUGUUCUCAUAGCUUGAUAACAAAUUAUUAUAAGUAUCAUUUUGUGAAUAUCGUAAUAUCUGUCUAUCCUUGUUUUUAAUCUACUCCACUACUGUAUAAGUUACAGGUGACUAGACAAUUUUUUACAGAGAUAAGUAGUAAAUAAGAUAUUGAAUUUUAAAAGCAUAAAAACGUGGAUUUAAACCUCCAUCAAAUAUCUAUUAUGUAAAGAACUUUAAGUAAAGUAAACGGGUAUUUUGUGCAUUAAUCGAUUGUAUUUAUGGGAGAUUAUGGUAUUAAUAAUGUUUUUGUUUAGCACGUUUAGCGUAUAGGUCUGGUAAUGUUUCUGAUAUCACAAGAGAUUAUAUUGAAAUUAUGUAUCAUUUUCAUCCCUCGAAAUAAAUUUCAAAAUGUCAAUGUAUAA